AGCACUGACACCCCCUCCUGACCCUAAACACCUACAAGCAAUAAUAGCCAAACCCAAACCCCUAUUCCAAGCAGAGGUUUUACCCCCACAUGGGAGAAGUGGCAGAGAAUACAUGAAGUCGCCUAGGGACUUUGCUAUAGAGAUUCCCUGAAGCUUUCAGCUCCCUCAGAGUGAAUCCAGAGCCCUCAGUGCAGAGAACAUCAACUCUCCUUGUUAGUUGUUUUUCCAGUCUCAGAAAUAUGGUAUUCGGGAUACAUUUCAUUUUCUUUACAGCAGUUGUAAAAGGUGGCUGGACUGUUGAAUUCGUAGAGUCUGGGGGUGACAUUAGAAAACCCGGAGACUCUCUCCACCUCUCCUGUAAAACCUCCGGAUUCAAAUUCAGUGACUACUGGCUGAGCUGGUAUCGAGUGUCUCCGGGCAAGGGACUGGAGUGGGUAUCCAGCAUGGAGAAAUCCCCUACGAGUGAUAAAUAUUAUGCCAGUUCGGUGAAAGGGCGAUUCACCAUAUCCAGGGACAAUUCCAAGAACACGGCAUAUUUGCAAAUGAACAAACUGAACCCUGAAGACACUGCUAUGUAUUACUGCCGUGAUGCACAGUGUGUAAACCUAGAUCUGAGUUCUGACAAAAACUCUAGAGGCGGACAGGGGCCUGGGAAUAGAGUUUUACAGGUAUUUAGGUGCCGAAAGAGGCAGAAAGGCACCUCAUUCAACCACAACAUUAAUUUUCCAGGAGAUCAAACAACUUCCGAGCCCUCCGUCUCCAUUAUGAAGUCAGAAAAUGAGAGCAUUGCUGCCUGCCUGGCGAAAGAUUUCUACCCUAAAGAACUAAAGAUAUUGAUGAAUUCUGACAGUGAAAUUAUAUUUGAAGCAACAGACCCGAUCCUCACAUCUAGUGGGAAAUACAGUGCUGUCAAAGUUGUCAAGUUGUCUUCAAAUGAACUAGUGUCUUGCUACGUGCAACACAACAGCAAACUUAUUAAGAAAACCCAAACAGCUGAGAAGCCGCCAGAUUUCACAUCUCCUGCUCCAACGAUCAUCGUGCCCGAGCCGUGCAACAUUUCAACCCCCAGCCUCGAAGAUCCGAAUGAGGAGAAAAAUGCCGGCUGGGGAAGAUGUGGCACACCGGAGGGUACCAACAUCCAUCCUCUGCAGUCCCUCUUCGCGGAGGCCCCUGAUGAAGCCCCUCCUCCCCCCUUGCCACCUACACCCCCUGCAAUGCCCGAGGCAAGCGUCUCCUCGGGUGCUAGUGGGGAGGAUCCUGGGGUGGUGGGAGGUGAGCUCCCUUCCAUCUAUGAGGAGAUAGAGGCCCUGGGUCUGACCCCGGUCAUCCAGAGGGAGGACGAGACUCUGCCAGCGGGCCUCGAUCUGGCCGACCUCACCCCAGCCCCCCUUUCUCCAUGGUCCAUCCCCCUAACUGCUGCUUCUGCUCCCGCCUCCAAGGGUCUCCUGGACUCUUCGACCUGCCCGGCAGCGGGUGAUACCCCGCUGACGGCCGCCAAGCCUGUUGAGGCGACAGCCGAUGCCUCGCGGCCGGGACCCGAGUUACCAGGGGUCUACCUCAACCAGGUCCUGCACGAGGGCGAGCCCCGUCCACCCUCCAUCCCAGCCCUCUGGACCUUUACAUCGGACCCCUGCCCCGUGGACCUAACUGGCUCCCCUGGUCCUUCUCCGUGA